AUGGAAAUAGAGAAAGUUGACAAGGAUAAAGAAGAGACUCAAUUAUCUGGGAUCAAGAAACAAGUUAGGAGGAGACUCCACAGCAGCAAACCAUAUCAAGAAAGGCUUCUGAAUAUGGCUGAGGCUAGGAGGGAGAUUGCCACUGCCCUUAAGUUCCAUAGAGCUUCUAUGAAGCAACAACAGGGAGCUGCUAAUCAUCAACUUCAAACACACCCACCAUCAGAACAAUUAUCCACCACCACUGCUUCCAACAAUUAUUCAGCCUUAUCUUGUCCUCCCCCAAUUCCCCACCAUUAUCCUAUCUCAGCAAUUGUUCCUCCACCACCACCACCACCACUGCAUCAUGAACAUCUUCAUUUGGCACUCCCUAAUCAAACCUUGGGGUUAAAUCUCAAUUUUCAAGAUUUCAACAACUUAAACACCAGUAUUUACCACACACCAAUGUCUGUUGCCGCCAAGGAAGUAGCAGAGGUCGCGGCCAACUCUUCAGGUGGUAUCGUCGUGAAGGGAGUAGCAGAAGGAGAUGUAGUUGUUGGAGGAUUACACGAUGCCAUGGAAAGUGACGAGAUGAAGGAGGUUAGAUCGUUAAAUCUGGUGAUGUCAACACAGUUGUGCAACUCCUUGAAUACCAUUGAAAUUGGACCAGAGAAGGUUAGGAAAGCUGCUGGUUCUGAUCAUGAAGAUGAUGUUGAUGGGUAUCAUCCUUUUGAACAAGUCAUGGAAUUCCCACCAUGGCUGAUCAAUGCAAAUGACAGCUCAUGCUUUCAAGAGGUCCUUGAUCACCAUUUUUCUGAUGAAUACUCGCCAGAUCCUGCCUUGCCUUGGAUGGAUAUAGGUGAAAUCGAAGGGAUGGAUGGGGAGUGGCUAGCCUGAAAACAGAUUGAUUGUUUUUGUAGGUAAUCGAUUUUAUCGCUAUAUUUUUAUUUUCUUUUUCAAUGCUUUUUUUUAUUCGUAAUUUAUCGACCCUUUUCAGUUAUCUGAAAUCCCAUGGGUGACACAUUUCGGUUUUAUAGAACUUUUGCAAUGAGAAUUGUAAACAUGAUAAAUUUUACAGCGGAAACGUGUUGUAAUAGAUUCAUAAUAUAGAUUUGUAUGAGAGUACAAAACCAACGGAUCUUGUUACAUAUGUUAUUGGGUGAUUA